AUGAGCGCGGCGCGAUCGGCGUUGGGGGCGUGUCCGUCGGUGGGACUUCCAGCCAAUGGGGCGCGCGGGGGGCGUGGCCGGGCUUCCAGAGAGUUCGGAGACGGGCGGCGGAGCAGCGCAGCGAGGACGAUGGUGAAGGAGACGGGUUACUACGACUUGCUGGGCGUGCGGCCGGGCGCCAGCCUGGAUGAGAUCAAGCGGGCGUACCGACGCCUGGCACUGCGCUACCACCCCGACAAGAACCCCAGCGAGGGCGAGCGGUUCAAGCAGAUCUCGCAGGCCUACGAGGUGCUGUCGGAUGCCCACAAACGGGCACUGUACGACCGCGGAGGGGAGAGGGCCAUGAAGGAGGGCGGCCUGGGCAGCAGGAGCAGCCCUGGCUUCGGUUCCCCCAUGGACAUCUUCGAUCUGUUCUUUGGAGGCGGUGUGAGGAUGCGUGGCCGGGCGGACCGGCGAGGCAAGACGGUGGUGCAUCAGCUCUCCGUGUCGCUGGAGGACCUCUACAACGGCACCACGCGCAAGCUGUCCCUGCAGAAGAACAUCAUCUGCAGGAAAUGCGGAGGCUGCGGGGUGCGGGAGGGCGCGCAGCGGCGGUGCCCCAAGUGCCACGGCUCGGGCAUGGAGGUGCGUAUCCACCAGCUGGGGCCCGGCGUGAUCCAGCAGAUCCAGACGGUGUGCUCCCAGUGCCAGGGCCAGGGCGAGUGGAUCCGGCCCCGCGACUGCUGUCUCACCUGCAAUGGCCGCAAGGUCGUGCGGGAGAAAAAAAUCCUCAGCGUCCACCUGGAUAAAGGUAUGAAGGAUGGGCAGAAGAUCACCUUCCACGAGGAGGGUGACCAAGUGCCUGGCCUGGAGCCUGGGGACAUCAUCAUUGUCCUGGACCAGAAGGAGCACCCCGUGUUCAGGCGGAGCGGUGAUGAUCUGAUUGUCAGGCGGGAGAUCAGCCUGGCAGAUGCGCUGUGUGGCUGCAGGCAGGUCAUCCGCACACUGGACAACAGGACCCUGCUUGUCGCCUCGCAGCCAGGUGAUGUCAUCCGACCUGGGGACCUGAAGUGCAUCCCCAAUGAGGGGAUGCCCGUCUACAGGAGCCCCUUCCAGAAGGGAAAACUCAUCCUCAAGUUCGAGGUGAAGUUCCCCGAGCCUGGCUGGCUGCCCACCGAACGCCUGCGCCAGCUCCAGGCCUUCUUCCCACCCCAGGAGGAGGUGAUGGCCACUGAGGACACGGAGGAGGUGGAACUCAGUGACUACACAUCCCAUGGCAGUACGGGCCGGCGGCCGCAUGGCGAAGCAUACCACGAGGAUGACUUCGAGGAUGGCACCCGUCAGCACGUGCAGUGCCAGACCUCAUAGCCGAGGCUGUUGGGGGCUCGUCCCAUGCAGGGGCAGGGGGCAGCGCGGUGGGGAAGGGGCUCGGAGAGCCGUUGACCUUCAGGGAUGUACAUAGGUCACCUUUCCCACAGCACUCGCCCUUCUUUUGGAGCCAUCCCCUCUCCCUGCGCCAGGACAGUGCAGCCCUGGACUGAUGCUGAGCGGGGGCCGUGCUGCCUGCCUCAGUUUCCCUAUCUACAGCGUGUGGCCAGGAGCAUUGUGCCCAGCACCGGGCAGCCCUGAGCAUUCCACACCAAGGAGGUGGUGGGGAAGGCUCCAGCUCUGCUGCCCUCCACCUGCUCUGCCCUGCGCAGGGCUGAGGACCCCCGCCCUGCAGCCCCCACCCCAUGGGGUGAUGCUGCCGCCGGUUCACUUGCUUUGCCCAUUUCUUUCCUGCUGGAGCCUGGGUCUGGCCUGGGGAGCGGAGGGGGUUUCUCUUUUCUCUUUGCACAGAAGGGGGUAGGGGGGGGACCUGGCCCUUUUUAUUUAUUUUUGAAAUAAUUUUAAGUCUUUUUUUGGGGGGGAGGGACGGGGAGGGAGGGUGGAGAGGACUUUGUAUGUGGCAUUAAAAGCAAUCCUGACUCCUCCUCGUUGCCGGCCCACAGCCGCUCCCCCCGGGGGCAGCCUCGCGCACCGCCCGCUUUGAUCUGCGGGCGUGCCUCAGUUUCCCCAGCCUUGCUCAGCAGGGAGGGGAGCCGCGGUCCUGGCCCUGACCCCCCGGCAGCCGCUGCUGCCCUCACAAUCCGGGCCGUGCCCCCGCCGCAGGGAAAGGGCCCUUUGAAGCCGCCCAGCGCCAGGAGGAGGGGAGCCGGGCAGGGCCUCCCACUGUCCUGUCAUUACCGGGGCAGCGGAUGGGGAAACUGAGGCACGCCUCCGUCAUCGUCCCCCUGCAGGCAGCCGCCAGGGGUCAGCAACUCGUGGGCUGCGUCGUCCCCGAGCUGCAUUGCGUCCUUGGGGCUGGGGGUGGCAGAGACCCCGCAAAGGCCACCCUGCGGGGGUUGAGCGGUGGAGCGGGGGGUCUCCAGGGCAGAGCCCUCCCUAUGAGGAGACCCCCACGUCCGCAAAAGAUGAGCUCAAAUGCUGAGGAACAAAAGUACCGGGGUCAAACCGGAUCCCGCAGCCCCCCUGCAACGGGGUCAGCCCAUGGGACCCCCAAAACCAAAACUGGAAAAGAGCGACGGAGGGUCUUGUGGGGACUGGGAUGGGGGCGGGUGCUCUGUUUUGGGGGCGGCAUCGCGUGGGGAGGUGACAGCAUCCCUCAUCUGUCACCUCCUGGAGCCGGCGGCAUUGGGGUACCGCCCUGCUCGCCCAGUUGUGGGCACUGCUGUUCCCGGCUGCCCCCAGGGAGCGCCGUGGGGACGGCUGUGUCACCGCGUCCCAAGCGGGGACACCGGGAUGAGGGACCCUGGGGACCAGGCACGGCGUGCUGCCCCUCGGGAAGGGGGCCCAAUGGGAUGCGGAAUCGUGGGGCACGGUGGUGCUGAGCCCUGUGCUGGAGCCUACGCGGUCACGCUGUACUCCCUGCGCAACGCCAGCACUGUGCCCUCCCUGAGCCCCCAUUGCACGGUUGCAGUGCACCUGAAAACCCCUUCGUGGGGAGCAAGGAGUGGCGUGCAAUCCUGCAGAGCCCCAGUAUGAAGUUGGGGUGAAAUCCUUGCAGUGGGGCUGCAGACAUCCCAGCCCACAGCUUGGCUGCCGGCCCCGUAGCAGGGACAAGAGCCAACGCAUCGCAGGACAAAGCCCCACCGCUCACCCGAUAGCAUGGAAGGAGCUACCUGGAGAGACCCUGGGGACCUCACUUCCAAAAAAUGCAUGACAAAGGCAGAGGGAGAAGGGUCGCAACCCCCCGUGGGUCACACAUUCAUCACCCGCAGCACAAAGCGGCUCAGAAGCCCCCAGCCCCUUUCAGGGCUUUGUCUGCGGCAGAUGAAAGGCACGGGGCUGAGCGGGGCCCCCUCCCCAGCCGGGGGCAGCCCGGGGGUCAGCGGACAGCCGAUUAGUGCCGGCUCGGGGGCACCCGCAGCCACCCACAGUGAGCUUGGGGGG